AUGAAACGUCUGUCCAAGAAGGCGGUCAUUCCAACAGAGACUUUGCUCGGUAUCUCCUCCGAUGAAAGUCGCACGGAAUCAGAACCGCUCGAGUUUGGCGAAGAGCAACAUGAUGGGCAGAGCCCAAAACACGCCGGUCAUUUUCGCAUGUCGUUCCAGCACGAGACGGGAAAGCCGAAGAACGAUAUUACCGACGACUCCAAUGAGCGCUACGAAGCUGGAAACGAAUCAGACGAGCUUUCUCCAUCGGAAUCUGUUCGAAAGCGACUGAGAAAGCGCCGUUCUGCUCGGGCAAGCAAUGUGGUACCUCAGGAGGAAGUCCGUCCCAAGUCCCAACGCUCUACGACAAGCCAUAAUGAGGAUCACACAAAGUCUGCCCUUAGGGCUAGCAUCAGCCAUCAAGCCCCUUCGGUCGAAGAUGUUCCAGAUAAUGAAGCUAAUCUACGAUCCGAAGACGACGAACCUGCCAACUCUUGCAGCCCACGAGCCUCAACCCGGCCCACAUCUGUCAAAGCCGCACCUGCCACCCCGAUUCAAACGACAGCGCAGGUUACGACCAGCGAUGAUUGUCUUGACCCCGAUCCGUCUCUAGACUCGGAAACCUGUUCACAUUCAAAGCGAGCCAGAUUCAGUGAACGGGUCGAGGUCCGCACUUCUCCGACUUUCUGGCAGCGAGAGCAUCCCGAGGGUGACAAACCAUAUGCUCAAUUCCAGUACGAACAAUACCAGGAUGAUCUCCGCGAUGGAAACAAGGCCGUUCCUCUCAAGGAUCCACUGAGAGAUCCUGAUGGCAGGACUGCAGGACGGCUCUACGUGCCCCUAUGCAGCAUCGACGACCAUAGCUUCAACUCUUGGGGCAACGAAGGCGCGGCAGGAUGGGAAGAUUUUGCUGCCAGAUUCAGACCAAACUCCACCGAGGUCUCCAGUGACAACCAGCCAUGUCCGUUCAGUCCCAUCGCCCCAUCGGGCUGGAAUUCACAGCAUGACUACUUUGAUGGCCACCACAAUCCCGAGAACCAUCACGCCAAAGACUGGACAUCCCGCCGUGAUGCUCGUCGCACUGAGCGGAACCACGGCCCAUCUGCUAAACAAGCCGGUUCCUUCUGGUAUACACAUGAUCAGUACCCCAAUAUGGAUUACGAUGCAGACGGCGCAGGUAAUCACUUUGAUUCCUCAAGCGGCUAUCCUGAUGACUACGGUUCCUUCGGAGGAUUUGGCUUUAAUUCAUAUCGGUCAAACGACCGUGGACUAUAUAAGGAAGAGAACGGCUUCUUCAACAGCAAUUGCAACUCUGCUUCUGCUCAUCAGCAACAUUACCAGGGCUUCCAAUCAUCUUCACCGAAAGAGAAGCGGCAUGGCUUCAAUUUUGGUACUUCUGACACCCAUGAGAACCUGAACACUCGCUCUUCCUACAAUUUCUCUGGUCAUAUGACGGAGCAAGACACAAUAACCGGGCACGGUGCUUCGCGCGAUGCUGGAAUCCCGUUCGAGUCCUCAACUACGAGCAGCGACGCGCUUCAAGAGCCCAAGCUUCCUCCUAUCGGUAUUGUCAUGGAGAUUCCGGAUGAUAUGUCCGACAGCGAUGUCCACACUCUGCUCAUCCCCGGCUGCGACGACUAUAUUCCUAUGGCGUACUGA